CACCGUACAUUGUUGCACCUAUCUCAGUGUUGAAGCGACACUCGGUGCGGUGGGUACGGCCAUCGCACGACUUUCAAAUUUCGAAUUUUUAUAUUUUUUAAUUUACAUAGCUUGUGUUGUAAGUGAAAUAAUUUUAUUAAACCGUCUAUCAUCUGUGAAAACUCUUUGAGUUUCCUUUGGGAUAAAUAAAACGUUUGUCUUUGGUUGGAAUUUCCUUUGCUUGCAGUUUUUAGGAUAAAUCAAAAUGGCGACCUCAGUCCUCCAGCCCGAAGAUUGCCGAAGGGAGCACGAACCAAAACACGAGGUCAUCGAUGCGCCGAGGUUAACCGAUGAUGACCGAACGUAUUUACUCGAGGCUAAAGAACGGGAAACCGGUGAACUGCCCGCAGAACUGAGGGAAAAAGCCAGGACUGAACUGAGAGAGGAACCAGCGCUUAGGGAACAGGCUUUAGAACAAAUGAGACACUUUAUAGAGAAACAUCCAGCUAUCAAGAAGUGUAGAACUGACACACCAUUCCUCCUCCGUUUUCUCCGAACAAAGAAGUACUCAAUCCCGCAAGCGUGUUCCAUGCUGGAGAGAUACCUCACCAUCCGAGAGAUGUAUCCUCAAUGGUUCAAGAAACUAGACCCUCUGGACCCUAAGAUCGCUGCUGUAAUUGACGCUGGAUACUUGGUACCCUUGCCUAAAAGAGAUGCUGAAGGCAGGCGAGUUGUUCUGUCUUGUAUGGGUCGCUUCGAUCCUCAUCAGUUCGACAACUGCGUAAUGGCCCGCGUCCACUCUAUGAUCGUGGAACUGUUGCUGGACGAGCCACGGUCUCAAGUGCUAGGUUACACCCACGUCAAUGACGAGGCUGGUAUGCAGAUGCCCCAUGUUAGUCUGUGGUCUCUCACUGACGUCAGGGUUAUGCUGAACUGUAUUCAGAAUUCAACCCCAAUGAGGCAUAAGCGUACCCACUUCGUAAACAUUCCACACUACGGAGUUAAGUUCUUCGAGUUCGCCGUCUCUUUGCUCAGUGAUAAACUGAAGGACCGUGUGAUGUUCCACAGAACCAGUGAAGAUUUGAUGAAGCAUGUUGAUCCAUCGGUCUUGCCCAAAGAAUACGGUGGUACUGUGCCUCUCAAAGACAUGAUUGAAGAACUAAAACGCAACCUUCUGAAACACAGAGAAGCUUUGCUAGCUUUAGAUGAUAUGUCAGUAGAUUUACACGCAUUAGAGAAGAAUGAUCUAACUCAAGACAUACAUUCAACGGCAGGAUCUUUCAGGAAACUUGAAUUAGAUUAAGAUUGUUGUUGUAAAAUGACGCUAAUUAUGAGUCUAAGAAACAUUUUAUUGUUAUUGAUUAUUGUGUUUAAAGUGAAACUCUUUCAUUGAAAGUUUUUUGAGCGGGACGAAAAGCGUAGACAUAUUUUUAACCGACUUCAAAAAAGGAGGAGGUUAUUAUUCCACUUAUAGUUAACAUAUACUUCUUCAAAUCUUGCUUCGUUUUCAGAGUAAUUAUACUAGGGAUUAUAUUUAAUUUUAGUUCAAUAAUCAUUUUGUGAUGGCUAUUGUUAGUAACACAUUAUUCAAUAUAAUUACGCAAUAAAAUAAUCAUAUAUGCAAAUAGAUCUCAUUCACUGUUAUAAGAUUAUAUGAAAGAAAUAUUUAUAAAAACGUAAAAAUAAUUGCUUUCAAAGUUGUAUAUUUUAAAGAUUACAUUUUAUGGCAGUUUGCACUUUAAUUAAUUUUCUAAGCCUACAUUUAUUUUAUUUUAGUGACUAUUAUAGAGAGCUUGUGGCAGCCGUCGGUGGUGUCACGUUACCAUUCUUUACGGAAGGUUCUGAAAAAUAUUGUCAUUGUAUUCAGUUGCAAUGUGUGUAACUUAAUAACGAUUAGAUUUCUCGUAUAUUUAAGAUAACUGCCAAAAUGACAAACUGACUGCUGCAUUAAAUUAACCCCAUUUAGUAAUUUAAAAGGACCACUUUUUAACAGCGCUUUUUUGUAAUGAAUAUUAUUGUUAUUGAUUAUCAUCAUCGGUUUUGUGAGUCAUCCGAAGUAUUGUGGGUACAUAAUAUUUUAAGAUUUAAUUAAUAAAGUCAAUGACAACAA